AUGAGUCUCACAUCUUCGUCUGCUCUCCAGCCUGAACCAUACUCGUCAAGCAAAGCAACAUCAAAUAUCACAGUGGGACAUUGCGAGCUUGUCAAUUCUGGACAGCUGACCACGGGCAACGUGCUUCCAGGUCUGCCAGUCAUUCAAGUGACACCCGUCUUUCGUGGUACCGUCGAGUUCGAAGUCAAACGCGCUGCUCUUCUCGAAGCAUUCGCAGCAAAGGUUCCUCGGGAAUUCUAUCUCCCGGCAGAGCUCAUUCAGAAUCCUCCGAAAGACGUAUCGAUCAUACCCGCAACAUGUGGCAUUUUGACCCAGGAAGAGCUCGAGAUCACUGAGCAUGAUACCGUUGGUCUUGUUGACGCAAUCGCAAGUCGAAAGUACAGCUCUGUCGCUGUUGCACAAGCCUUUUGCAAGCGCGCCAUCAUCGCGCAUCAACUCACAUGCUGCCUAACCCAGUGGUACAUGGAUGAAGCCAUUACCCAAGCUCAGAAGCUGGACGCCUACCUCGAGCAACAUGGAAAGCCUGUCGGUCCUCUGCAUGGUAUUCCUAUUAGCAUCAAGGAGCACAUCCAGGUGGCAGGAACGUAUUCCUCUCAGGGAUGUUUCGCAAGCAUCACCUACGAUGAUGCAGACGCCGACAUUGUAGCGAUCUUGCGCAGUCAAGGCGCCGUGAUCUACUGCAAGACCAACCAACCGCAGUCGAUCAUGCAUCUGGAGACAGACUCGCACUGGGGAAGAGUCCUGAAUCCAUUCAAUAUUUAUUUGACGGCCGGAGGGUCGACGGGUGGUGAGGCGGCCUUGAUCGCCAUGAAGGGGUCGGUGCUUGGUAUCGGCACAGAUAUCGGUGGAAGUAUUCGAGGACCAUCGGCGUUUUGCGGUAUCUAUGGGUUCAAAACAACAUCGAAUACGUUGCCAACGAGAGGCUAUGUCAAAGGUGCCCCGCCCUCAUCAGUACUGAAUGUACCUCUCUCGACAGGACCUAUGUGUCGGUCGUUGAGAGACAUGGAUCUCUUCAUGAGAUGCACCUUGUCGGCAAAGCCAUUUCUUUCGGAUCCGACUGUGAUUCCUCUUCCUUGGACGGGACUCGAUACUUUGUUCAAUCGGCGGCUCAAGGUGGGCAUCGUUAGUAACGAUGGCUUCAUCGAGCCCCAACCUCCCGUCAAGAGGGCUGUGUCGUGGACCAAAGCUAUCUUGACCGAUAACAAGUACGCGAACCUAAUUGAGGUAAAAGACUUUAAAGUUUUUGGUGCUGAAGAAGCCUGGAAUCAGGUGCGGAGACUGUACUGGCCAGAUGGUGCCCAACUCACCAAGAACGGCAUCGUCUCGUCAGGAGAACCCAUUCAUCCUCUCACGGAAUGGAUUGCCCAAGACGCUGAACCGUUUGGUAUGCAGACAGCGCUGGAAAUAACCCUCCACCAUAAGCUCAGAGACGACUUCCGCCUGUCCUUUGCGCAAAGUUGGAUUGAUCAAGAUGUGGAUGUCAUCAUCGGCCCGUCGUUUGUUGGACCAGCGUGCGCCCACGACACGGCCUUGUAUUGGACGUACACGUCGUUGUACAACCUUGUGGAUUACCCAGGGGCGGUGAUUCCGACGCCCAUUAGGGCUGAGUCUGGGGAAGAAUACGAAGACGGGUAUGCGCCGUUGAGCGAGGCUUGUUCAAGGGUGAGGAAGUUGUGGGAUGACGGCGAUUUCGAGGGCGCGCCCGUAAAUUUGCAGGUUGUGGCGCGCAGACAUCAUGAUAACGAGCUUUUUGGGGCGUUAAAUGUGCUGAAGGACGUGUUUGAUUUGGUUUAA